AUGGGCUUCAGAGACACUUUCGAGAGCUUUCGUCAGGAUGCUCAACUCCGGGUAGCACAGACCAAUGUCGUAUCUCGUCACCUCAGACGCAUUUUCACGGCAACCAAGGAACUAAGCCACUCGACAUUGGCCGGCCGCGACUUGGAGUUGCUGGGUAUCAAAUUAUCCGAGCUUAACCUCGAAGGCGCGUGUUCUGAUGACCACCAGUCGUUUUACAGGCCCCUUCCCAAAUCAGACCUACCCAAGAUCGACUGGGACGAGGUACAAUUCUUAGAAUGGCAUGAGGGAUACAGCGUCGAGCCACGCCGUGUGGACCAGACUCUUCAAAGCGUCUCCAAUGCCGUCUGGAGUGCAUGGCUUGAAGAAGACAAGGAGCAAAUUUGGGUCCAACGAAAGUGCUACCAUGAAAGCCCCAGUAUCGCUACCGGUGAGCACGCUCCCAAUUUCCCCUACCAAUGGCAAACACGAGGAGAUAUGGAAGCGGAGUCUUUAGGCAUCUCCCACUGCAGUUUCCGAAUGUACCAUUAUGCCGACCCGGAAGAACCCCUGCGUCGGAGUGAAGUGCUGCCCAUUGUCGGAUACAUGCGUUGGCGUCUGAAUCAGUUUGACUAUAUCGAACAUCGCACAUUUCCGGUCAUGGUCAUUUCCAUCUUCCGCUCCCAAGCGCGAAUCCUACAGGCAUAUCAUGACGGACAACAUCUUUACAUCUCCAAGAGCAAAUUUCUCGAUUUUACCAAGAAUUGUCGCGAGAACUAUGUAUUCUGGGAUCACGGUGACAGCGGAGACCAUCCGAGCCAACCAGCGAAAGGAAGGACGUGCGAGCAGCAACUGCAGCUCCCUCCGACAUGGCCGUCUCUUAUAUCUCCUGACUCUCCCGAGUGCCCCCGGAUUGCUUGCCCUUUUCAGCCAGCAAUCUCAAAUACUCGUCCAUCCCAUUCGUGUAGCUUCGUCCAAGCACCUGCCCGACAUCCUCGUGAGAUCUAUCCCACUGGUCUGGGACAGUGCGCAGGACGCCAUUUGUCCCUAGUCUGGGGCUCGAUCGCCACUAUGUCGCCCUCCAAGCAGUCUGUCGCCAUGGCGGACAUGCCCUUCAUCGUCUCCACCGGCACCAAGAAGGUCGAUCCCCGUACCCGCAAACUCAUUCGCAGCCAUGUCAUGAUUGGCAAAAACCGUGGCAAAUCCCGCUAUCGCCAAGCAGAAGCCGAUCCAUCGACACCGGCGGACACGAGCACAGACGAUACUUCGGCUCCUCCUGCCGAUGGGGCGGGUUCAUCAUCCACAUCGCCUGCGGCACAAGUGCCAGCCACCCGCUUGCCGUUAGAUCUUCCCCGCAGAGUCGGCAACGACAUGUCCCUCAUCCGGCUGGCUGAUGACACCACCAGCCCAGCAGCCCUAGCCACUAUUCUUCGCUUCACCGACCGGGCAAAGAUGGAGUUCUACCCCCUUGCCGUAUGCAUCGUAUUCAACAAGUCUAGUCGAUCCUGGAUUCUUGACAUGUUGUCACUAGAUGCGGCCUAUCUCAACGCCAUGGUCAUCACUACCCAGUCAUACUUUGGGAUCUACAAGGGUCCCGAUGCGGCCCAAUCCCCUCAUCUGGGGAAAGCCAUCCGCCUGUUACGCAACCGGCUCGAAGACGAGCAGGUUCGCGUGUCCAAUGCAACCGUAAUGGUCGUCAUUAUUCUCAUCCUGCACGCGCAUAUCGUGAGUGAUUAUGCUGCCGUACAACAUCACACCCAGGGUCUCCGCAAGAUGGUCCGUCUGCGCGGGGGCUUGGGGGCGUUCACAUCCAAUAACAAACUGGUUAUCGAUCUUAUCCGAUGCGAUGUGGGACUAGCGAUCCACAGUGGAGACAAACCCGCGUUUUUCGAGAACCGUGAUCUCGACAUCUUCGUCCCAUCUGAGCUGUGCUUCACGGCGCGCUCUCGUCCCGACCCGUCGUUCGUCCGGGAGCUUGACCCCGGUCUCGCUCGGAUCUGGCACAUUAUGCAGGGAUUCUGUGCCCAGGUCAACCUGACCACCAAGAUGAACGGCAUGAUCCCCGAGACCGAUUUCAUGAAGACAAUGGCCUCCGUCAUGUACCCUCUGUUACACAUGAGCUUUGAUCCCGGGUCCCGUGACGAGGCGAUUCGUCUAGCUUUACUCAGCUACGGAUUCGACAUCUUCCUGCAGUUCCGCAGCGACCCCACUCCGUACGUCCACCUGGCUGCCUCGUACCAGCGCUGUCUCAAUGGUUUAGCCAAGCGAGAUGAUGUGUCCCCGCAACUGUGGAUCUGGCUGUUAACCGUCGGUGGUCUUGUGGUGUUUUUACCUGCCGUCAGGCGGAAUUUCCGGCACUGGCUGCUGUAUUACCUGGGGAGCUGUCGAGUUCGCUCGUGGGAGGAGAUGCGGGCCAUUCUCUCUUCUUUCAUUUGGAUCGGACUUGUGCAUGAUAAAGGAGGAAAAGAGAUCUUUGAUAAGUUGUUUGCCAAUCUGGAGCCGGGGGCGGAGACAUUUGUUGAUCAGACGUCUUCUUCGAAAUUAAUCACCUGUUAG